GGCUGCCGACAGGACACUUAAAACUACAUUCCGUGUUGGAAACUGAAGAGGAAGACGACAUCCUUUAUUUAUUUAUACUUGUUGGUCUAAGCCACGUUUAUCUUUUCAUACUCCAAGAUCUUCAGCUCAACAGUGAAGGAUGAAUGGCCUCUCUCUCAGAGAGCUCUGCUGCCUGUUCUGCUGCCCACCAUGCCCAAGUCGCAUCGCAGCCAAGCUGGCCUUCCUGCCUCCGGAGCCCACAUACACCUUUCUGCCAGACCCUGAAGCAGGCCCUCCCACACCGGGUGCAACUGGGACGUCAAGCCUGCGGUCAAGGACUGGCGCUUCAGUUUCUGGAAGCGGGGGAGCUGGUCCUGUGGAGGGGAGGUGCAAGCUUCACCUGACAGAAAGAGCAGAGUUUCAGUACACUCAGCGAGAGCUUGACACCAUCGAAGUCUCCCUCACACGCUCCAGUAGAGGCAACAAAGUUGGCUGCAUGUACAUUCGCUGUGCCCCAAAUGCCAGAUUCACCGUGCUCUUCUCCCACGGCAACGCGGUCGACCUCGGCCAGAUGAGCAGCUUCUACAUCGGCCUCGGCACACGAAUCAACUGCAACAUCUUCUCCUACGACUACUCAGGUUAUGGAGUCAGCACAGGGAAACCCACCGAGAAGAACCUCUAUGCAGACAUAGAUGCUGCCUGGCAUGCCCUGCGCACACGGGUUUGUAUUUUACCAGAGAACAUUAUCCUGUACGGACAGAGCAUUGGUACAGUUCCCACCGUGGACUUGGCUUCCCGUUAUGAAUGUGCUGCUGUGGUUCUUCACUCACCUUUAACGUCUGGGAUGAGAGUGGCCUUCCCUGAAACAAAGAAAACCUACUGUUUUGAUGCUUUCCCCAAUAUCGAAAAAGUCUCUAAAAUCACUUCUCCUGUUCUCAUCAUCCACGGGACGGAGGACGAGGUGAUCGAUUUUUCUCACGGCCUGGCCCUGUACGAGCGCUGCCCUAAGGCCGUGGAGCCCCUCUGGGUGGAGGGAGCGGGACACAACGACAUUGAGCUGUACAGCCAGUAUCUGGACCGUCUGCGACGUUUUAUCGGACAGGAGUUGGCUGUUCAACAUGCCUGACCUCCACAACCGCAUUAUCAUGUCACUUUCUUCUUCCUCCGGCGAGCGAUGCCUCCCUGAGUGGAAGAGGAACGCAGCUGUCCAACUUGGUCCAAUGGAAUAUAGUGUUCCACGCAGCGUUACUGUAGGCCUUUAAAUGGACCAACAAGGCACAAAGGAAAUCUUUAUAAUUAGAUCCAUUUAGUUUGGAAGACGACAUUAUGACGGAAUCUCUUUAGGCUUGUUUUCUUUUUUUUCUGUGUUGCUAAUCUCUCACACCAGCUCAAAGCUGCAUAUUUCUCUGCAACAGGAAGGCUAGCACCAACACUAAACAGGCCGAUGUCUUUUUCAAGCCUCUAAAUAUCUUUUUUUUUUAUAAAAAUACAGGAUAUUUUAAGUUAAACAUGAGGCUAUUUCUACUAUAAAACAGUGAAGAAAACUAAUUUUAAAGAAUGACAUUACAUCAACUAUUCCAUAUAUCCUCCCCAUCAUUGAUUGUCGUGCUCUGAUCUGUCAUUCCCAGCGUCGUUCAGAUCAAUACGGAGGCAGAGCAGAUCUCAGGAGCCGUGGAGCUCCUCUAUUCCAAUGUCAUUAUUGAGCACUACCAUUCAGCAUAUUAUCAGUAUAAAAAGCUGAUGCCUUUUCAAAACUUUUUCUAUUUCCUUUGCGGUCUAUUUAACGACCAGACAAGUCUGUAAUGCUUUCAUAGAAGCUCUGCAUCAUUGCAAACCUUGGUUCUCCUGCAGAUCUUUUUCCCUUUGUUUUUACCAUCACAAAAAUGAUAAAACUUUUAAGCCGGCUAAUCUGAUCAUCUCAGGUUGGUUCAGAAAGGUGGUUAGAAAAAAAAAAAAUCCUCGUAUAUUUUUUGUCAGUGGUUUGCGUUUUAAGGCUACAAACUACCAAAGUUAUCCUUUUUUAAUGCUAGAAGAAACUGCUUUUCUUUUUUUUUUUUUUAGCUCUGAUGGACUGAUGGCAGCAAUUUUCAGGGUUUCUCGUUAGUUUCCAAACCAAAGUGUCAUCCAGCCUACCUGCUGCUGAUGUUUUCCAUCGUCACAUGCUAAAAGGGGAAAAGGUUUUAAGCUGGAUCUGUUUUUCUGUCUCCAACUUGUGUCGUUUUCUCUGUACGUCUUCUAAGAUAAGUUUGAAUGUUUUAUUAAAUUGUGUGUAAACUGAUGAAACAUGACACAGGAGCUUUAUGUAAACACGGCUCCUAUAUGUUAUUCAUUACUGACAUUUUUCCUUUUUUUUUUUUUUAGGUUUUAAAGGUUUUGUUUUUCUCUACAAGUUAAAGAGUAUAAAUCGAUAAAACAUACUCAGCAGUUUGAA